GCAUUCUAAUGUCAUGUACGCCGUGGAGAUAGUGGACGGCAGGUACUGCUACGUUCACAAAAACAGGCACGUGCACUCUCUGCGGUCGCUUUGCACAGAGCGCGCCUCGGCGUUGUACCGGCUUCGCUCGCCGCAUGUGAUGCGCGGGCUGUGGCGCCUGUCGGGUCUGGAGCUGCAGCAGCUGGCCGACAGCGUGGUCAGCGCGUCCCCCCUGCGACAGGUCGCCUGGUGGGACCUGGCGCCGCUGUACGUGCCCCGCAGGCUCCACGAGCUGCUUCUCGACAGGCUGCUGAUCGCGCACGGCGACUUGCGGGCUCUGCUCGGCGCCAUCGAGCCGACAGUGCUGACGAAGCUGCGCGUCACCAAGAUCCGGUGCACGUGCCAGGUGAAGAGGAACGUCAACACAUCUGGCCUCCACUUGGGCUUGGGCGAGGCGUGCGAGGCGCAGUACAGCGAGGACGUUGAACGCCUGGCGAGAUUGCUCGCCGAGGCCAAAUCCUUGCAGGAGCUGGUGACCGACCUGCCGGUCAACGUGAGGCGUCUGGUCGCGUCCGGUCCGUACGAGGCCCUGAAGCGCGUCCGCCUGGCGCGCGUGGCGUCGUCACUGGCGAAACCCGGGGGCCGCCCCACGUACGACCGGUACUUCCUGACGAGGAGGGAGCUACUGUCGCUGCUCCAGCAGAUGCCAGCACUGCGAGAGCUGCACUGCGACGCGUCGCAGGCCAUCGGCUCGCUGGAGGACGCCGAGCUGGCGCUGUUCGCGCGGCUGGAAGUGGUCCACCUGCUGCACGAAGCACCCGAGGCGCACGCCUCGAGCGAGGAGCCCUUCGCGCCCUGUGCGCAGUUCCUCGUCGCGCACUGCCCCAACGUGCGAGAGCUUGUAUUUCGUGCGGCCGGACCGCGCGACCUUCGUCCCUUGAGCGGGCUGCGGCACCUCGAACGGUUGUGCGUGUGCUACGGCGGCCGAGGUGCGCGCGCGUUUAUGGACGAGUCCCUGCUCGAUGCACUGGGCCACGCCGCGACCAACCUGCGCCACCUGGAACUGCCCACGGAGGCGCACUUACGGCCUCAAGUAGGCGCUGGCGGACGCCUGCCCCGCGCUGGAAUCGCUGGUGGCGCGGUGCUUCCUCCGGCGGAGCAACCAGCCGGUCGCCGACGGUCGCAACGUGCGCUAUCAGCCGCCUCCUCCCGCAGCGCCCGGCACCACCGCCGGGACCCUGUCCCCGCUCGCGGAUAUCGAGCUGAUCACCCUGAGGGACGCCGCGGCGCUGAUGCCGCUGUGCCCCGAGCUGCGCACCGUCACGCUCACGCUGCCCCACAUGGAUCCCGCGGACGCGCACGAGCUGGCCGACCUGUGCGAUCGCUGCCCGAAGCUCGAGCGCAUCACGCUCAACCUGAUGGGCUCGUACCCGCACCUCACGGUCGUCCACUUCUUGCAACGCGUGGCGCGGGUGCCUCAAGUGCAAGUUUUUGUCAUGAAAACACCGGACGUGUACGCCGACCUCAACAUGGCAGGUCCUGCCAACUAGGAUCCAUGAAGAUAAUGCACUGCAAUGACAGCUGAACUUUGACGGACCAUCAUAUAUCAUUAAGAAUAUUUGUAGGAGCCAUGUAUGUUAACUAUAUAAGCAAUAUAAACUCCAAAUAUGACAAAAAAUUAAACUACUGAGGGCGUGCUAUCCUGUUUUGGUUGUUGAACUGCCAAUG